AUGGCGGAGGACCGACGAAAAAAGAUACAGCACACCGACUGGGGCCCGGGCUUCAGCAAGCUCUACAUCGACACCUUCGAGCGGCAGACCAGUGAGAACAGGUUUGGACCCGAUGCCCACAGGCGAAUCCAGCAGAGGCUUAACGUGCAAGCAAUGGCCUGGGUGGCAGAUGCAGAGUCCGAUGAAUCUGACGAUGACGACGCGGACGACGGGGACGAUGACGAUAACGACGAGCAAGACAGCAACGGAUCCGAGCAGACUGCAGGGUCCGGGGGCCACCUGGACGCCGGGGGCGAACAGUCCGAGGCUAGUAAUACCGUUUCUUCUGGGAGCGCCCGGUCAACGGGCAAACGCAAGAUCCCCAUCAUAGCGCGGCGUCGAAUCAACUUGACGGCCCUUUCCCAGCACUAUGAUCUCUACUUUGCGGCGUACCAGAAGGACAUAUAUGUAUACCAACCACAGCAAGCUCUUCAGAUCUUGGGUCGUCCGCUCCUUGUCCUUAGUCCGGAGCAGAGUCCGGCGGCGUGCCAGGUGGGCGGGCAUAUUGAUGUGGAUCAUCACCACCAAGUCAAUCAUCUCAUCGUCGGAGAGCUGGGCAACAAGGAGGUACUUCUAUAUGCCUUUGACGAUGGCGACGUCGUGGCAUAUUACACAUCUGCCAUCGCUACAUAUUGCACGCGCAAGCAAGAGCGCCGAUCACAGACGACGGUACCUCAGCCAUUCUUCUGUGAUACGGUUGGCAAGUCGGCGUGGGGUCUUGCCAUCCAUAGGCAGUCUCGCCUCAUUGCUGUUAGCUCUAAUCUCCACGAAGUGACGGUGUUUGCUUUUGCCCUAAAGAGGAAAAAAUCGGAUCGGUUGGAAACCCGUGUGCCCACGGCCGAGUCUUCGAAUCGACCAUCCCAAUCCCUCUGCGUCCUGGAACCUCGUGAGUUGGAGACGCGCCUGAGAUCUCGUGAGCGCACCUGGAGGAUCCUCCUUCCUGUUGGGACGGAUGGGAGCAACCUCUCUUCCAUCAGCUUCAUGGACGACGAGGAUGGCGAGGCGGAGAGGAUUGCAGCUCAUGACAUAUUUGGCACGUGCUGGCUGCUCGACAUCUGGAGGGUCGGCAGCACCACCAUCCGGCUGCCACCUACCUCCAUUCGCCUCUUGUUGAAUAUUGAUGAAAAUACAUCACAGCUUUUGGUUCGUGACCGUCUUGCGACCAUGGAAUCCGAACUAGGAAUACCUUUCAUAGAUCCUUCGCCACGAAUCGGUGAGGAGAUGGAAUUGUCGGAUUGCGAAGCAACCGACGAACGAGAUGUCCUUGUAUCAGAUGAUUCCUACGCUCGCUGGCAUAAAGUUCAGGUCAGGAAUAGGCACAGCGAUAUCUGCAAGGCCUGCAUUGACUUUGACCUGGAAGCUCAACAAGGGUAUCGUCAGGAGCUAAUCGCGGUGCCGAAUCUGGGCUAUUCUUACCGGUUUGACAACAAGACCCAGCUGCUCAACAUCCUUGAAAGAUCCCCAGACAGGAAAGGACAGGUGACGGCCUCGACGCUCGGCAAGGUUCCCGUGGGCAGCAUCAGCCCCAACCUGCUGAAAAAUUGGGUCAUUCUCCGGACCUAUGACCUGUCUGCAGAGCUGAGCACAUUGGAUCCUCGCGACCCGAUCGUCUUCUGUGAUAAGAUCGUGUCCGAGUACAUGGAAGAAAACGACGAUAUGUCGCUGGACUGGAUGGAUACCUAUUCGGAACAACUGUACAUGCUGCUCCACGUACCCGAGCUCAACCUCGUCGUGGCCGGGUCCUCGUGCGGGCGGGUCGCCCUGCUGCGGCUGACGAGGCCGCCCCCGGGCAAGCUGCCGCGCGCGGGCUUCCGCAUCGAGUGGAUCCUGCCGCGCAAAAGCGACGAGGAGCGCGGGCUGAGGCCGCGGGUGAGCCUGGCGGGCAUGGCCGUGUCGCCGGUGCGCGAGCCCGGGGCGCGCGGCCUGGACCUGGCGCCGGCGGGCGGGCCCGGGCGGGCGGACGCGCCCCACCGGCGGCCGCGCCUGCCCACGUACCCGCGGAGGUGGAGGCUGCUGCUGCACUACGUCGACCAUACGAUUCUGCAGUACACGAUCCAGGCUGAGGAGCCGAGGGCGGAGGACUCGCUCAUCUUUUGA